AUGAUUACCUCCCUUUUCGUGGCGGUCGUCUUUGCAGGCGCCAUCUUUCUCCAUGCUAUCAGAUACCAGCCUUUCUCUAUCGAUCCGCGCAUCUACCUUCUCGUUGCUGCUCUCGUUUCCCUGGGCGUCGUGGUCUACAAAAUCCUGAUCUAUCCAUUUGCGGUCUCCCCUUUGCGGCAUCUGCCAACUCCGAAGGGACACUGGUUGCUUGGCCAGACGGUCAAGCAGUUCCGUGCCAACAGUCCCCACGGAGCAGCCGUUGAUUGGAUGCUGGAGUUCCCGGAGGCGGACCUCAUCCGGCCCUUGAUGCUGGGGAACAGCGAGUCUAUCCUUGUCUGCAGUCCCCGGGCGCUGAAAGAAGUCAUCCAGACGCACUGCUACUCCUUCGUCAAACCAAAGUUUCUUGCCCGUACCUCGGAGGGUAUCAUUGGCAAGGGAGGCAUCUGCUUUGCGGAGGGAGAUGUUCAUCGCCAGCAGCGAAGAUGUUUCAACGUCCCCUUUCUUGUGAAAAAUGUCAAAAAGUCGAUGCCGGCAAUGUUGGCCAAGGGAGAACAACUAGCCAACGCCGCUAACACCUACGCAGUAUCCUCGCUUAUUAUCAAGGCCACCAUUGACAUAAUAUCCAAGGCUGUGAUGGGCUACGAAGUCGACAGUCUCGCCGAUGCAUCCAAGGCGGAGUUCUACCUGAGAACGAUGGAUGUCAUGCAUUUGUCGACCACCGACCAAAUCAUGCUCGCCCUAGACAACUUUUUUCCGGCUCGCAAGUGGAUCCCAAUCGAGGCCAACCGCCGCUUCUUGCAUGCAGGUAACGUCAUCAGCGAGUUGCUUACCGAUCAUGUCAGGAAAUGCAUCUCCAGAAUCAAGCAGGAGCCGGAUGCCGAGAAGGACCUCGAUAGCGAUCACACGGACAUCUUCACCAUGAUCGUACGGGAGUUGAUCGAAAGGGGAGAUCCUUUAUCCGAAGAGCUUUUAGUUUGUCAGUUACGAACUCUCAUGGUGGGAGGGCAUGAAUCUACCGCCAACUCAAUCGUCUGGUGUCUCCAUAUGCUCGCUAUUCAUCCGUCUGUCCAGACCCGUCUGCGCGCAGCCAUACGCGAAGUGAUCACAGAGGACUCUUUCACCUACGAGGCAGUCAACUCAAUCGAUUACUUAGACUGCGUCAUUAAAGAAGUCACCCGCCUCUACCCUUCAUUCGUGUCUAUGCUGCGCACCCCUAUAAAUGACAUCGAGAUAUGCGGCACUCUCAUACCUGCCGGCACUCUGCUAAUGAUGUACCCUGCUGUGACCCAGCACAACCCGACUAUCUGGGGUCCAACCGUAAACGAGUUCAACCCAGAUAGAUGGAAUGACUUGCCCAGUGCCGCGCAUGACCCGUAUGUGUAUCAGGUCUUCUACAGCGGAACGCGAGUCUGUGUUGGUCGAGCGUUUGGUUUGCUCGAGAUCAAAACAUUCCUUACCAAGCUUUUGCUCAAGUGGGAGUUCCAUCCCAUUGAGAAGGAGCUCGAGAUGCCUUGGUCCGGAUUUACGUUGAAACCUACACAUGGGCUUAAAUUGAGAAUCACCCCUGCUCCUGAACCAUGA